GCUUAAUGGCCUCGAUCUAGAUUUCUUUCUUUCUUUUGAAUGAAUUGUCCUCAGUCAUUUUUUCUUUUCUGGCUUCCCGUCUCCAUGCUUCUCGUCUGUGCUUUAAAUCUUAGCUGGCAGGUUUCACAAUUAAUUAGCGUGCAUGCGUAAAUUUCUCUGAGUUGCUCUGUUAGAAAGGUUGAUGAUUAAUUCGGGAACGAGAGCGUUAGCAAAGGUUGUAGGUCCUUCUGAAGAAAAAAAAAGCAUGAGUAAUCAAAGAUCAUACACAGCUGCUGUUUUUCAUUGCUCCUUAUUAGAGCCCGUAGAGAUCUAGUAUCAGUGACGCACUGCUACCACCUUGCUACCGUUCUUACGCAUAUAUAUUGAUAUUGGAUUGCACUUGUGUCAACUUGAUGCAUGCCUGGGUGUUUACAUGUAUUAAUGCUGAACCUGUUAUAUCAGCUCUGCACAUGCCAAGCAUAUUUUUUCAUCUCAAGAGCUAGGCAUGGAUCUUGUGGCCGGGGCGGUGGGCAGCGUCAUCGGCAAGCUCGGCGAGCUGCUCCAGGCGGAGUACAAGCUGCAGAAGGGCCUGCCUGAGCAAAUCGAGUCUCUGAAAAAUGAGCUCGAGAGUGCGCAGACGGCUCUCAGCAAGGUGGGCGAGGUGCCGCCAGAGCAGCUCGAUCCCCAGGUCCGGCUGUGGGCUAGCGAGGUCAGGGAGGCGUCCUACGACAUGGAGGACAUCCUCGACACCUUCCUAGUCAGCAUCGUCGACGUAGACGCCCCAGCUGAGAAGAAGGAUGGCCUGCUCAAACGUCUCCAAAAGAAGAUGUCCAAGAUGUUCAACAAGAGCAAGGCGCGCCACACCAUCGCCGGCGCCAUCGAGGACAUGAAGAAGCGACUCCAGGAGGUGGCUGACCGCCGUGACAGGUUCUCCGUUGCGGUGGCUCUGCCUGCCCCGGCGACGAAGCCGGAUCCUCGCCUUGCGGACAUGCACAAAGAAGCGGCGCAGCUCAUCGGCAUCGACAAUGCGAGGGCGGAGCUCAUAGCCAUGCUUCUGCCGGCGUCUCACGGCAAUGGAGAUUCUGACGUCUCUGGCAGCAGCAGCAGCAGCAGCAGAAAGAUGAAGAUAGUUUCUGUGGUUGGAGUUGGGGGACUGGGCAAGACGACUCUUGCCAAGGCAGUUUACGAUGAGCUUGUUCCGCGAUAUGAUUGUGGAGCCUUUGUUCCCAUUGGUCGGACACCUGACCUGGCGCAAGUCUUCAGCAACAUAUUGUACCUUCUCGACAAAAACGAAUACACGGCCAUUCACAAUGUAAAGGACCAAUCCCUGCUCAUCGGAGAACUCCGAAAAUUCCUCGGAAACAAGAGGUACUUCAUCGUUAUUGAUGAUGUAUGGGACAUACCAACUUGGAAGAUAAUUAAAUCAGCCUUGGUUGAGAAUAAUAGUGGAAGUACUGCAAUCACAACUACUCGCAAUCGAGAUGUAGCCAGCAGGGAGGAGGUUUAUGAGCUACGCACACUUCCCCUUGAUCACUCAGAGAAAUUAUUCAAAACGAGGUUGUUUGGUGUUAAUGGUGAAUAUCCUGCUAGUCACCCUGCUGUGGCAUCUGAAAAGAUUCUGAAAAAAUGUGGUGGUAUACCAUUAGCUAUCAUCACAAUGGCCAGUUUGUUGGUGGGUAAAUCAAGAGAAGAUUGGUUUGAUGUAUGCAACGCUCCUGGUUUCUAUCGUGGUAAGGGUAACCAGCAAGUAGAUGAUACUGAGUGGAUAUUGUCUCUUAGCUACUAUCAUCUGCCUUCUUAUCUAAGGACCUGCUUACUGUAUCUAAGUGUGUAUCUAGAAGACUAUGAGAUUGAGAAAGAUUCUUUGAUAUGGAAAUGGAUAGCUGAAGGUUUCGUGGAGAAGAAAAGAGGGACCAGCUUGUUUCAGCAGGGAGAGGAAUACUUCAAUCAGCUCAUAAAUAGAAGCAUGAUCCAGGCGAUUGAGUCAGAUCACUGGGGCAUAGUAUAUGGCUGUCGAGUUCAUGACAUGGUGCUUGAUCUCAUCCGUGACUUGUCAUAUAAAGAAAACUUUGUGACUAUCUCAAAUGAUGAUGGAGGAACAUCACCACAUCAGAACAGGGUGCGCAGGUUAGCUCACCAGAACAGAAUUAUGAAGCAAACUCAGCAGGACGAUCACAUGGACAUGGCACAAGUGAGGUCAUUGGUUGCCUAUGAUUGUCAUCUUGAGAGUUGGGUGUCGUUGUUGCAUCCAAGCUAUAAACUCUUGCGAGUGCUAGAUUUAGAGAAAUGCAGAGUACCUUCGGAGUGCUGGCUGAAUCUUAAGCCCCUUGGAAAUCUGCUUCAUUUGAGGUACCUUGGUCUACGAUAUACAUAUGGUAUUCGCGAGCUCCCGGAAGAAAUAGGAAAACUGAAGUUUCUACAGACACUUGACUUGAAAGGUUCUGCCUGCACGGUACUGCCAUCAUGCAUUUGCCAGUUAACGCGGUUGGUCUGCCUACAUGGUGGCCACCUCAGUACGCGCGCGCCGGAUGGGCUAUUCCUUAGGAAGGUGACAUCAUUAGAGUAUCUGUGUAUAUGUAUUGAUAAUCUGGAUGAGGAGUCCCAGCGGCAAUUUAUGAAGGAUGUUGGCAACAACAGCGAAGUCAGGGUGCUCGACAUUUAUGUCGGUCGCUUCAAAGGGAUGGUGCAGUCAGAUCUAGUGCAUUCACUAGGCAAUCUCCGCAAACUCCAGCAUCUGGAACUGACGGAUCAUUAUUUGGAUCAGGAUGGCGUUAGAAGUGAAGGCGCAACGAGGGAGUGGGACAGAGUGGUGCUUCCGCGGCAUCUCUGGCAUUUGAAUUUACAUGCUAUACUGUUCCAUCAGCUGCCAUCAUCGUUUAGUCCCGCGCAUCUCCCCAUCCUCCGCUACUUGUUGUUGCAUGUGGAUCAUAUCGACGAGUCAAGUCUGCGAAACUUGGGUGGGUUGCCAGAGCUCCGUUUCCUCAAGUUGUCAACGGUUCAGCCGUCGAUGGCUUGCAUGGCAACUGUAGCUAAUAUAAAUACUGCGGUUGAUGGCUUCUUCCAGAAGUUGAGAUGUUGCAGUUUGCAUGGCUGGAUGGUCCAGUUGGUGCUCAACGAGGACUCCACUGGUGUUUCAUUUAGCAUCUGGAAUGGGAUAGGUGCUAUAGCCUUUGGUUCCAAAGCAAAGGACGAGUAUAACAGAUCAAUAGCACCACCGCCCGUGAUGCCGAACCUCCAAGAGCUUUGGUCUCACGUUUUCGUCAGGGCCUUAUAUAAGGAUGGAAAUGGUAGCUGUAGUGAUCUCAGGCUGGAGUGCCUCCCUUCGCUUCACAGUGUCCAAAUACAUUUCGACCGUGGGGGUGCCUCUGAUGAUGACGCGGAGAAGGCAGUUGCUGAGCUGAGGAACGCAGCACGACUCCAUCCCAACCGUCCCAGAAUCAACUUCCAUGGAUACCGCGUCUCAACGAUCUCAGAAUCUACGGACCAAGAUGACAAAGAGUCCGACGAUGGUGAUAAUGUUUCCGCGAAAGAAGAGGAAGGCAGGGCCUCAGCAGCUAGCGAUGAAGUUGUUGUCACGGAAUCAAGAGGCGACAACCCCGCGACACCUAGCUGUUAAAUCUGUUCAAUGCAAAUCAGUCUUGCCUCUUCUACGUGCACAUUCCUCACGCAUGUUAAGCUUGGCUUGCUCGGUGGGAGGAGUUAAUUUCAAGAUCAUGGAAUGGUGGCAGUGCGUGUUACCUGGCACAUAGUUGGUUUGACAUGCCUGUAUUUGUGGCGCAAGUACAUUCUUUUAAGUAUCAUGUGCACAAUAUUUUCAUUGCUUCUUAGCUAAGAAAAAAUAAAAAAAUGCAAGAAAAAAGUAAAACCUGAAAAACUACAAAGAAAUUUCUUAUUUCUAUAUUUUCGUUUCUUUUGAGUAGGUGGGUAGGAAAC